UUCUCUGUAUUGCACCAAACCCAAGCUGCACACCCACACUUUCUAUCCCCCCCGCUUCUCACCGGCCUUGGUGCACUGCCACAGUGCUGCACAAACACAGAAAGGUCUUAAUCUCUUUUGCAUCCAUCAUCUCCUGAUUUGACGCAUGGGGAUGAUUUUGCAGCCAUCCAUCCCACAAGAUGAGAACCUUUGGGGAGCUGUUUGCUCAGUUUCCCCAGCAACGCACGUCCCCCCAGCCCAGCCCAGAGGUGGAGCCUGGGGGUAGUAGUGCCCCAACACCACAUAUCCCAGGCACAGGACCCGAGUGAGGACAGAUUGCUGAGGAGCUCUAGCAGAGGAGCAUUGGCUCUAGAGUUUAACUGGAGGACGUGGCACAAUGACGGCAAGGAAGAACCAGCCUUUGCAGAAUGGAAGGGCCAAGGAGAACGUGCUGCAGCGGGUCCUGCAGCUGCCGGUGGUGAGCUCAACCUGCGAAAGCUUGCAGCGGACCUACACCAGCACCAAAGAGGUCCACCCAAUUGUAGCCUCGGUGUGUGAGGUCUAUGAGCAGGGCGUGAAGGGUGCCAGCGCCUUGGCCAUGUGGAGCGUGGAGCCUGUGGUGCGCAGGCUGGAGCCCCAGUUCUCAAUGGCCAACAACUUGGCGUGUCGGGGCUUGGACCACCUGGAGGAGAAGAUCCCAGCCCUUCAGUAUCCUGUUGACAAGCUUGCCUCCAAAGUGAAGGACACUAUCUCCACCCCCAUCCAAAGUGCCAAGAGCACCAUUGGCAACUCUAUGGACAAGAUCCUGGGGCUGGCAGUGGAGGGCUAUGAGACCACCAAGAGCACCGUGGAGACCACAGCAAGGUACACGAGGAGCAACUCAGUGAGCCAGAUGGCAGCUGCCGGGAUGGACACAGCUCUGGAUGGGCUGGAGAAGCUGAUGGAAUACCUGCUGCCAGAAGAGGAGGAGGAAGCAGAUCUGAAGCCCAAGCAGCCCUGUAGGCCAGCAGCAAAGGUCUCACAGCAGCAGUCCAGGACUUACAGGGCUCACAGUGCUCCCAGUGCCCCCAGCAGUGCACCCAGCACCCUGGGCCGGAUCGGAGCCCUGGUCAGCACUGCCUCCCACCGUGCUUACUAUCACACCGCCCAGAACCUCCAGCGUGCCAAAGCCAAAGGGCAGGAACUGGUCGUCUGGAUCCCCAUCCUGGGCAGUCUGGUCAAGCCAAGCCAGCCCGUGGUGCAACAGAGCCAUAGUGAGAGGCAGAGCACUGCAGGCAGCUGGCGGCAGAGCAGGAUGCCGGAGCAGAAACAGGAGAAAGCAGAGAAGAAGGAGGACAAAAAGAACAGCCAUGCUGGUGAGGCAGGGGAUGGCCUUGGGCUGGUGGGCAGCAUGGCUCACAACCUGCAGAGUGCCUGCGCCUCUGGCAUCUCCACUGUGAAGAAGGUCCCCGCUGUGGCCUGGGAUGCGGCAGAGGGGUUGAUCCUGUUCACACCACGCAGGCUAUCCAGGGCCAUGGAGACGGUGGAUGCUCUGGGAGGGACGCUCAUCAGUGCCCCUAAGCACCUGCUGGGCAGCCUGUACAGCUACGUGCCGCUCCGCAGGCAGUCCAAGGACGAGGCGGCAGCGCGGGGCAGCAAGACAGGCCCUGAGGCCGAGCAGAAGGAGGAGGAAAGCAAGCAGGCGGGCAGCAGCGCUGAGGAAAAGGCCCAGCUGAGGGGUGACUGGCGGAUGUACCGCGGCCAUCACCCGCUGUCCUUCCUGGGCCUGGAGGACCCUCUGUUCAUACGCAGCAAUCUGUACCGCAGCUCGGCCCUGGAGCCUGAGGCUGCACCACGGAAAUCAGCCUUCGCACCCUACAGCCGGCGUGUGAGCGAGGGCUCAUACCGCUUCAGCCCCGAGGCCAUGUACAGCCGGGCCUACUACGCCAACCUCUAUGGCCCACCCUUCAAGAAGGACUGACCCUGAGAACCUCAGCCCCACAUUGCACCACAGCACGCUUCACCUUCAUGUACCCACAUCCCACAUUGCCUGCUUACCCACAUCCCCAACCUGGCAUAGAAUCAUAGAAUUACCCAGGUUGGAAAAGACCUUGAAGAUCAUCAAGUCCAACCGGCACACAUAUGGUUGUCCCUCUGGGGUUGUCCAUCUGUCCAUCGGUGGUUGAGGGUCCCUGCUCUGCUCCAGGCUUGGUGAUAGCUGUGCUAGGGGAUGUCCCCUCCUCAGGGCCAAGAGGAGAAUAAAGGCAGCCUGAGGCACUGCUGCUGGAGAAGUAGGUAGAGAAGAGGGGAUGAGGGAAGGAGAUGCAGUGAGGGAGAAAAAAGGGACCAGCCAGCUCUGAUACUGGGCCACCUGCUGCUCAUUGAAGAAGUGGUGUCAGCUGGGUGAGAUACAGAGCAUGGAGAUGGACCCGAGGGCAACACGACCAUCAAACAUCACCAUAGAAUCAUCACAGAAUGGCUUGAGUUGGAAGUGACUUAAAGUCCAUCCAGUCCCAACCCCCUGCCACGGGCUGGUUGCCCCCACCAACUCAGGCUGCCCAGGGUCCUGUCCAACAUGGCCUUGAGAACCUCCAGGGAUGGGGCACCCACAUCUCGGGGCAGCCUGGAUUCCAAUCCCUCCUCCCACAGUUUUGGGGUCAGGCACAAGACCAGGCAGAGCACUGGGACCCCAGACUCCUGCACAAAGGCCCCAUUUCCCACAGCUUGUGACUGUAUCUGCUGCAGUAAUAAACCUUCCCCACAUCA